ACGACCUGGAAAAAUCAUUCAGACCCACUACCUCAGCAGUAUGGAACGUACGUCAGUGCUGGCCGCGAGGCCCGACCCUUCUAAUCUCAGUGCCAAGUUCACGCCGGGAGCGUUGGGGUCAGCCUUCACCCCUUUAUCUCGAGUGCCACCCGCGUUUCCAUUGUUCCAGUCGUUACCGUUUUUACCGCAAGUGCCGCCCACAAGUGCCAAACAACAGGCUCCUCUCGGUCUCGAUUCCAGACUGAUGGGGAUGCUGCAGACAUACGGUUCUAUGCCCCUGGGACAGCUGCCGUGGGCGGCGGCCGCCUUGGGUGCCGGUGAUCUCGCCCUCAACCGCCUCCUCUUGACGCCCGGAGGCCGACUGAGCCGCCCCAAGAAAAGAUACAUCUGCAAAUACUGCCAGCGAGAGUUCACGAAGAGUUACAACCUGCUGAUCCACGAGAGGACCCACACGGACGAGAGGCCCUUCCCUUGCGACAUCUGCGGCAAGGCCUUCAGGAGGCAGGACCACCUGAGGGACCACAAGUACAUCCACAGCAAGGAGAAGCCCUUCAAGUGCGAGGUGUGUAACAAGGGCUUCUGCCAAGCCAGAACGUUGGCCGUCCACAAAGCUCAACACUCGCACGACACUCCCCCUUCUCCUGCGGCAGUGUUGAACCCGCCCAGCCGCGAGCCCUCCUCGGUGCCGCCAACACACGCCUCCUCCUGCGACGACGAGGACGACCCCCACACGGAGCAAGUGGUGGACGUGUUGCACUGUGACGACGAGGAGGACGACGACGUAGUGGAGGACGACGUGAUGCAGACGGUGACGGAGGAGGACGAGGAGGUCGUGGUGACGCCCCCGAAGAGACUCGGGUUCUCCAUCGCGGACAUCAUGAGGAGAUAGAAGCGAAUGAAUGAGAAGAGGGAGAAUUAGGAAAAGGGGCCUCUGUGUCGCUCUCUCUCUCUCUCUCUCUCUUCCUUCGCCCUUCAAGUGCCGCGUCUCUUGGGCGACGAAAGGAAAAACAAAAAAACCUUCCGCUAAAAAGCUUUAAUUAUUUGUACUGUUAUCAUUACCAUUAUCAUUAUGCUGCAUAUUGUGGCCCUGUCGAUGUUACAUAUUUUUUAUUAUUACGUUGUAGAUUUGUAAUGAUUUUAUGUUUAUUAAAAACAUUUUCAUCAA